AUGAAUACCUUCCCACUUGUUCUAAUUCUUUGCGUUGCCGUUGUCGGCGUAUGGGGAGCCAUCCGCGAGAAACGUCAACAACGCACUGUUAUUCAGCGUACUGUGAUUAACAACUAUGGUGGUCAAGGAUUCAAUCGUGUACCACCACCACCACCGUAUGGUUUCAAUAGAGGUGUAGGAUGGAACAACGGCUGGGGCGCUCCUGCUCCUCUCAAUAGAGGACCAUUCGGUCCUGCUCAGCCAACCAGCGUAAUAAGGACGACAGUCAUCAGACAAGGAUGA